ACGCACACUAACUAGUCCGGCGGGCCGGUCAUGGCGGGAGGCGGCGGCGACAUGGAAGCGGCGGCCGUGGCCACGGAGGCGGCGAGGGACGCGGGGAAGAGGAGGAGGAGGGCGGAGUGGGUGGCGCUGCCGGCCGGGAUGGUGCUGGUGCAGGUGUUCACGGUGGUGACGAUGGUGAUGUCGAAGGUGGCCCUCAACGCCGGCAUGCACCCGCUGGUCCUCCUCGUCUACCGCAACCUCGUCGCCGCCGCCGCCGUCGCGCCCCUCGCCCUCGUCUUCGAGAGGUACGUACGUACGCGCAAGUGGAUUUUCGCCGCGUCCGUCCAUCCGUGA